CUAAAUAAAAAAAAAAGUUAUAGGUUUUUGACCUCAUGGAAAUUCCAAAACACAGAUAGUGUGUGACGCUGUAUACAGAAUGUUGUAUAGUGAACUGUAGGAUAGUACGUGUGCUACCGAGGACUCGCAAUACCCACACAAUAUACAGACAGAACCCACUGCUUCAUGCGAUAGAUCAUCGAGCUACACCAGACAGACGUUUUAUAGUUAAUAGGAAAUCAUAGUUGGGACGAUCCAACACACACAGAAAUGUCAAGGACAAGCAGAGGUGAGGUUCUGAAGGCCUGAAGUUCUGAGUCCGGGCGUAUCUGUUGAAAGUAUUCAGCAAAAGUUUCAACAUACCAGUUUCCACAAAAUACAUACCACUAUAGGAUCUAUACGUCGUGAAUAGUCAGUAAGCAAUAACCUGAUAACAACACAGCGACUGUAGUGGUGGGCUAUAGAGUUGUCGUUAUUACAGGGACGCUUCUCCAGGACAAUUGAUAACGCAGUGAAGCUACCACGUUGACAACUCCACAAUUAAUCAGCAAGACUGAUUAAGUAAACUACACAAAGAAUAUACUUUGGAAUGUAGAUGUGAGUCAACGAAUUUUAGAAUUGAAGAUUUCUGAUAAGACAGGCAAAUUAAAUCUAGGGUAUCAGAGGAUCUUAAUUAUUAAAUUGACCCAAUUAUCGCAACUACCACAUCAAAACAUCCGUAUUACGUUAAUACACUAAAAACUAUUCCUCGGAAUGGACCACACUUUGUCACUAUAAUACAACAAUCUGAUGAACGUGUUUUCAUAAGGGGAAAGGGGAGUCACCAAAUCAUGCUUGUCAAUUUCUUUCGUCCAUAUUCCGUCUUUUCUGCGUAACAAAUUAUUUUUUCUAGAUUUUAAGGGUUGUAUUGAAAGAAGGUAUUGAAAAAUGUUAGCAAAUAUAACGGAAAGUAUGGUAGGAAUGGCGUCAAAUUUCAACGUCCACGUGUCAUGUGAUGAUCCCGAAGAACAUGAUCACUUCUCACCGGUAUUCACCUUUUUUAUCAUUACGUGGCUUGCCGUCAUCUUUGUGGCGGAUCUAGUGGGUAACACUUUAGUGAUAAUUGUGAUCUUAAAAAACCCAAGCAUGCGAGAACGAGGCGAAACGACCAAUUUUUUCCUGCUCAACCUGGCCAUCGCUGACCUUUUGGUCACCAUUGUGAUUCCAUUCUCGAUUCACUCUGCCUACAAAGAGUGCUGGGACCUGUCCAUGUCCAUCUGUAAAUUCAACUCGUUCCUCGUAACACUUUCUCUACUUACGUCCAUACACACGCUGAUGUAUAUCAGUAUCCACAAGUUUGUCAGCGUUCGACGAGUAGCCGUCAUGAACAAUUUCAAUGACCCGGUGUCUCGUAGAACUUCAUUUAUCCUAAUUGGGUUGGCUUGGAUCUAUGCCCUCAUUUUCAGCAUCUUGACAGUUAUGUCAGAACCAAUAUUCAAAGAAAAAACUCUGCAGUGCGGACCAAGAUACCCUGUGAUCGGAAAUAAGACAUUCUUUCUUCACAUUGCGAACCAGAUCGGAAAUCUGUUCAUCCCUCUCGUUAUAUUAACUUUUUGUUAUAUCCGGAUAUUCAUGUACAUCAGACAUCAUACCCACGAACAGCGGCGAAUGUCAUCGUCUUCAGGUGAGGCGAGUAACACGCAGGGUGAGAGGGGUGUGACCUUGACCUUGGUAAUCGUCCUUGCCUGUUUCCUGCUGUCAUGGUUACCCUACAUUGUUUACACCAACUACGGGGCCAUUGUGAAGGAUAAAAAGAAUGACAUACCCUACUAUCUAAACCCGUUGGCGUACUGUUUUGGCUACAUGAACAGCGCCUGUAACCCGCUGAUCUACGCGUGGAGAAUCCCGAGAUUCAGACAAGGAUACAAGGACAUAUUCAAUAAAACCAAGUACUUUGUCACUAUUGUUGACGGAGGUCGAAGAGUUCGGCGCCCUGUCACCCCUAGUAUGGUCGAAAGCGAGGCUGGCCGACGAAUGUCCGCCGCUCGAACGUCUAUCAGUGAUGUUCGAAUUUCCUCGAGCGGUCGGCCAUCUUUGUCCGAGCUAGGAUUGGAUAACGUUCCUUCCAAAACAGGGGACGAAAGCGAAGAAACCACAUCAUUAUCAGUCAACGGUCAGAAAGCAUCUGAUUACAAAAGGUCAGCGCCACAAACAGAGAGACUCACUUCUAUUGAGGAAAAACAGGCAGAAGAUGUAUUUAACACCGAUCAGUUAUAGCCAAUUAACUUUAGUAUAGAAAUAUAUCUUACAUAGAAACCCUCUAUGCUAUUUGACGAUAGAUGUAUUUGUGAAACCAUAUUGCAAUAAAAUUGUUAAUUCA